AAAUUUAAAAAAAACCAGGCUCUAAGAGACAUUAACGCAUCUCUUGGAGGUGGGAGUAUUACAGCCACUAAGAAAGUGAAGCAGAGAGAAAUUCCCAUCUCUAGGCCUGGGUUAAGCAUCUCCCAUGAAAGUGGAAAUCAGCAAAUGACCUAAGAUGCUUAAGGUGGUCCCAGGUGCCCUGACAAUAAAAGGUGUCCAGAACACAACAGAGAUCACCCUGAGGAGCAGGGACGCAAGGAGGGCCUUUCGCAUUCAGGCUGUGCAGUGAGAAACUCAUAAUUUGGCAUCUGGUUCAUCCAUCAUUUCCUCAUCGGUGGUAUCAGGUGAGCCGGCAAAGCUCAGAGACCUACCCUUUGGACCUCCUUCUCUGCCAAAGUUAUACACGUUGGUGUUGAGCCGUGUGGUUCAGGGAUUAAGUCUUAGUUCUUCGGGUUUGGUGGGGUAGGUGUCACCAGGCCUGGUGAAAUAACUGCAUCGCAUUUUUACCAUGGCAGGUCACGUACACCCCUAAGCGUUCCUGCUCUCCGUCCGAGUGUCCCGGGUGCGGACGAUGAGGCCCUCCUUUCAGGCGGCUUGAACGACAAUCCCUCGCGGGGGGCAGUGACAGCCGUAGUCCUACGAGUGACCCGACUGAGAGCUAAGGCACGAGAGGCGGUGCUGGUUCGCCUCGGCGCCACGCCCCUCCCACAGGCAGGCGCGGGUGAAGGCCAAACUGCCCAAAUUCACCCGGCGCCCAGUGCGCGCGCCACGCCUCAAGCUCGUCCUAUAAGACGCGGGCCUGGGUCCCCAAGCCCAGGACAACCGCUGGGGGCGAUAGGGUCGGUGCGCAGGAGCUCCUGCCGCGCCGCAACCCGGAGCUCGGCAGCCUCCCGCCGCCGCCCGCCAUGAACGCCUUCCGGCAGCCGCGCGCCAGCAGCUGGCGGCGGGCAGCCACCAUCCUACUGGCGGCCGGCUGGGUGCGCCCAAGCCCCGCCGCCCCGUCGCUGCCCCCCGAGGGCUUCCGGCUGCUGCUGCUGCAGCGCUCCGGGAACCUAGGCUUUUUGCCCGGGGCGCACGUCUUCCCGGGGGGCGUGCAGAACACGGCAGACUGUUCGGCAGACUGGCUGCGCCUCUUCGCGCCGCACCACCAGCCGCCGCUCUUCGGCCUGGGCCCCGCACGGUCCCGGCCGGCCUCCUUCCCGGGGCUGCCCGACGGCGCCGCCGACCAGGACGCCGCGGCGCUGCCGGAUGACGUCGCCGCCCGCAUCUGCGCCAUCCGCGAGACCUUCGAGGAGGUGGGCGUGCUGCUGCUGCGGCCCCGGGCCGCCCUGCCCGCCGCGCCCGAGCUCGGCCGGGCCCUCGCGCCGCCACCGGGCCUGGACGCCUGGCGCGACCGCGUCCGCCGCGACCCGAGCCACUUCCUGAGCCUGUGUGCGCACCUCGACUGCACGCCCGACAUCUGGGCGCUGCACGACUGGGGCGGCUGGCUCACGCCGUUUUCGCACCGCGGCAAGCGCCGCUUCAAUACAGCCUUCUUCUUGUGCUGCCUGAGCGAGCCGCCGGAGGUCUACCCAGACUUGACCGAGGUGGUGAGCUGCCAGUGGUCAUCUCCAUCAGAGGCAACUGAGAGUUUCAUAUCAAAGGAAAUUUGGUUUGCACCUCCACAAUUUUAUGAAAUAAGAAGACUGGGAAACUUUGCCUCUCUCUCUGACUUGCACAAAUUUUGUUUGGACGGUGCAUCAGAAGGAAUGGAAAGAUGGCUGCCGAUCACAUUUUUAACUGCUGAUGCAACGCUCCAGCUUUUACCAGGAGAUGAGCUGUACUUAGAAGAUUCAGAAUUCUUAGAAAAUGUUAUGUCCUCUGAAAAAAAGACUGAAGAAAUCAUGAAGGAAGGCAAGAUAUUUCACCGACUAGUGUUACACAGCCACCAUGUAUAUAAUCUCCACGUGACUAUCCAUUCGAAGUAUAAACAGGUUUAUCCUAAGACCUAUGUAAUAAGUAAGAGCCGUUUGUAGAGUAUUGCUUAUUUGUACUUAGUUGACCGCUUGAAGUUGUCCUGUGGAAUACUGAGGGUUGACUAGACUUGCUUGGAGCGUAAGGACCUGCCCAGAAGUUAUAGUAACAGUCCUUCACAUUUCAAGUGCAUUGGAGUACUUCCUUGCUUAUUUCAUUCUUCAAACCUUACAGUAUCCCACAAGUAUCAAUAAAGUGCUAAUGAUCUUGAUCUCAGA